AUGACCAGCUGCCGCCACCAUUCCGGAUACUUGGCAGACGACGAGGCCGGCCACCCCACCUACGUGGCCCGGGUAAGUCCGCCUAAGAAGCCACUGUUCCCAGAAAUGGGGCAAGCCUCCAAGUUGGGCCACAUGCCGCACCCACCAUCAAGGUACAUCCCCACAGACAGCUUAAGGCUCCAAGGCCACCGACGAAACCCAAGGGACGCUCGGCCCUUUGGUAGCUUCCUGGAUUUCCUCGUCGAGUGUCAGGUGCUAGACAGCCUACAGACGGUGGUGGAAGAGGCAACUGAGCGCGUGACCACUAUGAAGACAGCGGCUGGGGUGCCACUGGUGGAGGUGCAGGACCCGAUAGAGGUGCCGAGGGGUGGGCGGCGGGUGCGCGCCCGGCCCAGCCUCAGUACCCUGCACCGGCACCGGGCCCGGCCCAGCCUCUGCACUGGAUGGCCCAACAACUACCCAUCCUCCUCCAGCUCCACAUCUGACUCCCAUAGCAGCUUCACAGCUGGCUGGCUGGGCUCACACAGCCAGGACAGUGACCUGGGCACCCAUGGCAAGGGCUCACUGCCACCCAUGAAGGACAGGCUUUUGCUGGAGAAGAACCUCAAACGGCUGCUGAAGCUGGAGAACAGAGGGAAAGGCCUGGGUCAGUCCUGCUUCCGGAGGGACUCCCUGCUGUGGGACUCACUGGGCAGCCAGUCCAGCAGCCAGUGGACCCAGACCCAGGAGCCACCUCUGUCCUGGUUCUCAGGCCUACUGGACUCAAGCACAGGCACACCCCAAACAUCAGAGCCCGGGCCUGGAGAACAGGAACUGACCUUCCUCAAGCGAGGGUUUGAUAAGAAGAUCAAGUCCUUGUUGAGCCAGCCAGCGUCCUUUGACCCGCCUGGCUACUGUUCAUUCCGUGAGCCCCAUCAGACCCUGGACUUUCUGGCUGAGCACCACCUCUUCCCCGCCUUGCAGAGUGUGGUCCGCCAGGCUGUGGACAAGCUCAGUGGAGCCUGCCGCCACGAUGGCUGCCCUCUCUUCCCAUCAGAAUGGGAGCUCCCAACAGAGCCCAAUUCUGACUCCACAACAGGUUCCAAGCCAGCCACACCCACCGAUGGGGAGGAGCCCGAAGAUGUGCUUCCCACCCAAGUCUCCAGCUCCAAGAUGAUUCGAAGAAAGAGCAUCAAGGGCAGAGGAUGGGCCAAGCCCAAGGAAGGUGGUUCCCCUGUGUCUAGUACCCAAGUGGCCACCAGAUUCAGGAUCGAGAGCCCCAAUGACAAGUUCAUGAGGAAGAAGCCACUACCCUCCGUCUCUUCCAAGUCUACCGUAUCCCACCUCUCCAACCCCUUGUACGAGGAGCUUGUCAGCUACUUGGUGGAGCAGGUUGUGUCCUUGCUCAUCUACAAGUACAAGUUCGAGAAGAACCUUUCGAAGCAGCUGGGCUUCAUCUCCUUCCCUGUCACCGAGAUGCUCAUGGACCUCUUCCUGGGAUUCAAGAAGGUGACGGGGUCCCGCAUCUGCCUGUCCUCAAAGAUCGACUGGAGCUGUCUGCGGCGCAGGCUGGAGGAGGCCGAGUGGGACCGGCAGCUGUCCAAACAAGCAUCCCAGCAUGACUCCGCCUCCCAGCGCAGCUCCCGCCACGGCACCAUCCACCGCGGGGCCCCGCACCACGGGGCGCCCCACAGCAGCACGGAGUCGCCCUCCACACUGCUGGAGCCAGCCCCCCAAGCGGAUCAGGAGGAGGCCACGGAGUCCAGCUUCGACAGUGAGUUUCCCGACUCUCAGCUGCUGGCGGCUCAGGAGGAUACUACAGCCGAGGAGCAGGAACCCGCGAACCAGCGAGAGUCCAGGCCCUCCGUGUUCUCGGGCCCAGGCGUGGGCUCUCAUCAGCGUCAGGAAGUAGUAGACAUGGACAGUCAGAGCGAUGAGGUGGAAAAGGAUGAGCAGGAGGAGGAGGAUUUCUUAGGGGACAAUGGCCCAUUCCAGAGCUCCCCCGAGCCUCAAGUGGAGAUGGGGCUCAGCCACUCCACAAACGUGGGCCGCAGUAACCCUCCGUGA